GCCUCAGGCAUCCGGCUGCAUCCCGCAUCCCGCAUCGCCGUGCUCUGUGGGGCGCGGUCUGGGCGUGGAGAAUGGCCCUGAACGAGAAGCCGGCCGCCGGCGCGCCCGAGGAUGGGAUGGAGGACGGACCUGAGGACGGGGCGCUGGCCCUCGGCGGCACCCUCGAGUCGUUCGGCGACAGCGCGGAGACGCGCGCGCUGCUCGGCCGCCUGCGGACGGUGCUCGGGGACCGCUCGGCCCGGGAGGGCGUCCUGGAGCGGUUCCGAGUAAUCAUGGACCACUACCAGGAGCAGCCUCACCUGUUGGACCCACACCUUGAAUGGAUGUUGAACUUGCUGUUGGAUAUAGUGCAAGAUAAGACGUGUCCAGCUGACCUUGUACAUCUGGCUUUUAAAUUUCUUUACAUCAUUACCAAGGUUCGAGGAUAUAAAACAUUUCUUCGUUUAUUUCCGCAUGAGGUAGCUGACGUGCAGCCUGUUUUGGAUCUGAUUACAGAUCAGAACCCGAAGGACCACGAGACUUGGGAGACUCGCUACAUGCUUCUGCUCUGGCUCUCCAUGACCUGCCUGAUCCCUUUUGAUUUUUCACGCCUUGAUGGGAAUCUCGUCACUGAACCUGAACAAACGCAAAAGUCCGUAAUGGACCGGAUUCUUGAGAUAGCACAGUCCUACUUGGUUGUCAGCGACAAGGCCCGAGACGCAGCUGCCGUCCUUGUGUCCAAGUUUGUCACACGGCCCGAUGUCAAACAGAAGAAAAUGGCGGGUUUCCUGGACUGGAGCCUGUGCACUUUGGCCCGAUCCUCCUUCCAGACCAUUGAGGGGGUCAUCGCCAUGGACGGGACGCUGCAGGCCUUGGCACAAAUAUUUAAACACGGAAAGCGUGAAGACUGUUUACCCUAUGCUGCCCCUGUUCUCCAGUGCCUGGACGGCUGCAAGCUCCCUGACAGCAGCCAGACCCUGCUCCGGAAACUCGGGGUGAAGCUCGUGCAGCGGCUGGGCCUGACCUUCCUGAAGCCCAGGGUGGCGAAGUGGAGGUACCAGCGUGGCUGCCGCUCCUUAGUGGCUAACCUGCAGCUCUGCACCCCGAUUUGGAGAGAGCCCAGGAUACAGUUAGAGAUGCCAGACAACGAGGAGGACUAUGAGGUCCCCGAGGAGGUGGAGAGCGUGAUAGAGCAGCUGCUGGUCGGGCUGAAGGACAAGGACACGAUCGUGCGGUGGUCAGCGGCCAAAGGGAUUGGCAGGAUGGCCGGACGGCUUCCCCACGAGCUGGCGGAUGACGUGGUCGCGUCCGUGCUGGACUGUUUCAGUUUUCAGGAGACGGACAACGCCUGGCAUGGGGGGUGUCUGGCGCUGGCAGAACUGGGCAGAAGAGGCUUGCUGCUCCCUUCCCGGCUGUCGGAUGUUGUCACCGUGAUCCUGAGGGCGCUGACCUACGAGGAGAGGCGGGGAGCCUGCAGCGUGGGCGCCAACGUCAGGGACGCCGCCUGCUACGUGUGCUGGGCCUUCGCGCGCGCCUACGAGCCUCAGGAGCUGCAGCCCUUCGUGGCCGACAUCGCGAGUGCUCUGGUCAUUGUCACCGUGUUCGACCGAAAUGUCAACUGCAGGAGAGCAGCCUCUGCCGCGUUCCAGGAGAAUGUGGGAAGACAGGGGGCCUUUCCUCAUGGACUUGAUAUUCUGACCACGGCCGACUAUUUCGCUGUUGGUAACAGGUCUAACUGUUUCCUGGUUAUAAGCACGUUUAUUGCCGGCUUUCCCGAGUAUACACGACCAAUGAUCGAUCACCUGGUCACCAUGAAGGUCAACCAUUGGGACAGGGUCAUCAGAGAGCUGUCAGCAAAGGCGCUGUACAACCUGGCCCAGCUCGCGCCCGAGUACAGUGCCACUCAUGUGUUACCAUGCCUGCUGUCGAUGACACAGAGCCCGGACCUGCACACGCGGCACGGGGCUGUGCUCGCCUGUGCAGAGGUGGCCCUCAGCCUGCACACCCUCGAGGAGCGGGAAGACAGGCCCAGCGGAAGUUACCUGGAUACGCGGGCCGUAUGGGGCCUGAAGCAGAUCCACCAGCAGCUUUAUGAUCGUCAGCUGUACAGGGGUCUAGGCGGAGAACUCAUGAGACAAGCAGUUUGUGUUUUAAUAGAAAAGCUGUCCCUUUGCAGAAUCCCCUUUGGCGGUGACGCUGUCAUCGAAGGCUGGCAAUGGUUGAUAAAUGACACUUUAAGAAACCUCCAUCUUACGUCCAGUCAUUCCCGACAGCAGAUCAAGGAAGCGGCCGUGUCGGCGCUGGCCGCCCUCUGCAGCGAGUUCUGCACGCAGGAGCCAGGGCAGGCGGGGCCCGCGGGGCUUGGCGGCCUGGUGUGGCAGUGUCUCGCAGAGCUCCAGAGCCCAGAGGAGAUGACACGCUGUGGCUUCUCACUGGCCCUGGGCGCCCUGCCCGGCCCCCUGCUGAAAGGUGUGCUGCGGCAGGUCCUAACAGGCUUAGGAGCUGUCACCCAAAUUUCCCCUGAGGACGUGAGCUUUGCCGAGUCCAGGAGGGACGCCUUGAAGGCCAUCUCCAGGGUUUGCCAGACGGUCGGUGUGAGCGCGGAGGGCACCCCGGACGAGGUUGUGUGCAGAGCCAACGUCCCGCAGAUCUACUGCACGCUGCUGGGCUGCCUGGGCGACUACACCACCGACAGCCGUGGGGACGUGGGCGCGUGGGUCCGCGAGGCCGCCAUGACCACUCUGAUGGACGUGACGCUUCUGUUGGGGAGGGAGCAGCCGGAGCUGAUCGAGGCUCCCAUCUGCGAGUGGGUCAUGUGCUGCCUGGCCCAGCAGGCGAGCGAGAAGAUCGACCGGUACCGUGCGCACGCCACUCACGUGUUCCUGACACUGCUGCACGCCGCCGGCCCCGCCGGCCCCAUCGUCCCCCACGUGCCGCACCGGGGCGACCUGGAGAAGCUCUUUCCCAGGUCCGAGGUGGCGUCUGUGAACUGGAACGCGCCGGCCCAGGCCUUCCCCCGCAUCACCCGGCUGCUGGCGCUGCCCUCCUUCCGCUACCACGUGCUGCUGGGGCUGGUCGUGUCCGUGGGUGGCCUGACGGAGUCCACGGUCCGGCACUCUACACAGAGCCUGUUUGCUCACGUGCGGGGCAUUCAGGAGGACCCACGGGCCCUGGAGGACUUUGGUGGCACCCUCCUGCGGGUCUUCGAGGACAACCUUCUCAAUGACAGGGUGUCCGUGCCACUGCUGAAGACGCUGGACCAGAUGCUGGCUAAUGGCUGCUUUGCCAUCCUCACCACGGAGGACGACCACCCCUUCUGCGUGCGGCUGCUCGCGCUCUGUAAGGAGGAGAUCAGGAAGUCCAAGGACGUCCAGAAGCUGCGGUCCAGCGUGGCUGUGUUCUGUGAGAUGGUGCAGUUCCCGGGCGGCGUGCGGAAGAAGGUGCUGCUGCAGCUGCUCCUGCUGCUCUGCCACCCGUUCCCUGUGGUCCGCAAGACCACAGCGAGCCAGCUGUACGAGAUGGUGCUCACCUACAGCGACGCCGUGGACGCCGACGUCCUGGACGAGGUCGUGGCUGUGCUCGGCGGCACGGCCUGGGAUGCGGAGCUCCCGCUCGUGAGAAGCCAGAGGAACCGCCUAUGCGACCUCCUGGGAGUGCCCAGACCCCAGCUGGUCCCCAAGCCUGCUGCCUGCUGAGGCCAAUCCUAGGAGCUGAGCCCUGCCCAGCGGGGAAGAGCAGCCAACGGCGGUCAGCACAGAAACCCUGGGCGUAGCCUUGGCCAGGACGUAUGCUGAGAGACUCGGCGCUUGUCACCGUGGAUGCGGCUUUUUCCCCACACAUGUCCUGCACUCUAGUGAUCUGGGGCGAUGAGGUGCUUUCUUAUCCAGUCAAAUGCAGGCCCAUGCCUUAUAAAGUCACGUGCUGAGCAGUC